ACCGGUAGCCACAGUCCAUAAAGAUCAGGUGGUCGACACCCAUCUGGGGUUCCAAGACGAUCUGGAGUCAUGGGGCACGGAAACAGCAGUAUGAGAAGAAAUCGUCCUUAUAGACUACGUACGAAUGCUGAUAUUGGAGUUGCUCUGGACUUUGAUUUAGGGCAGCCGGACGGGGAUGGCAACAACCACGCUGCAAGGACUCACGUCAUAAGACGCGACGGUGUAUACUUCCACCGACAGUUCAGAAGUCUCCGAGAGCCAAGGAUAUCUCCAUCUACUAAAUUCAUCAAACACUGGAAGAGUCCAUGUGAAAAGCUGCCGUAUGUCGAGCCCAAGGUGUACCCGAUUAUCAUGCCACGUGAACUAUGCACAGAGGGGGAUGAAUAUCAUGAAGACUGUCCUCAGAAUUUCCCGCGGUUUUUGAAACCUCUACUCAACAAGAACUAUCGUCUGCUUACCAGCCUACACGGCUGUUCGAACAGCGAUAGGUCUCUCGAGGGGAUUCCGAAGGGACCAUAUUUGCUCCGUAAUCUACGCUUCUUGAGAAUCAAGUUCAUGCAGCACCCACUUGGGAAGGGCAUCAGGGUGGCACUGGAGGAGAACCACUGUGUCAAGAGGAACAGAACGCCGCGGUACCGCCCGAUGUACCCCAGAACCAUAAUCCUGGACCACAUCAACCAGAGCGUAUUGGUUUGCGGCGUGGAUUUCCAGCUGAUCGUUAACGGUCCACCAGCCGAUGCCCGUCCUACUCAGUUCCCGAACGAUGAGAUCCCCCAGAUGGUCGGAACCUACUGCCGAGAGCUGGACACACAGGCCCAGAUGUGUAUUGAGUGGAAGGUGGCUCUCUACCGGUGGUACAACCAGACAAAGGGAUAUGACAUGGGGGAGGCAGUGCCCUAAGUGACUACCCAGGGCUCACCAGUUCAUAUUGUAAUUUGAUAUAUAACUUUGUUCCUCUUAGUGCUUCAAGACUUUGUUGUCUUUUCUGUACCACUACACCUCUUUUUAGGAGUUUUUUUUGUCGAACUAUAUGGUGGAGCUUAUAGCUCCUAAGGGCAAUUACAUUAUUUGUCUCAAGAAUAUUGUAUGGUCAGUCUAUCAAUAUUUGACCAUACCUAAUCAGUUUAUGCUUUGUGCUGACAUCUGAAGUGUUCUCUUCCAAGCCUGAACAUGUGUUGAAUAGUGUAUACAUUUUUAUGUGAAUUAUUUUUGUUAUAUUAAAGGUAAAAAGUCAUCGCGCAUUAAACUGAUUACAAAAUAAUUUCAUGUUAUCCUUUAAAGGAAAUGAGUUUUGUUAGGAUAUUUUGAAUUUGUAUUUUUUGGCAAUGUUUGUAUGUAUGAUUUAGAAAGUGACAGAAUUAUGCAAUUUUGCUUAUUUUAAAUCAUGUGAUACUGUGAUCUAUUUGUAAGAAUUGUUGGGAUUAGUAUUUUGUUACAGCACAAUUGAAUGUUUCAUGAGUUUGUGUUGUUUUAAUCAAGAUAUAUAACAAUGUCAAUUAUAAAAUUUGUUGGGAUAAGUAUUUUGUCAGACCAAACUUGUUCAUAUGGUUUGAAGACUUGCUGAGCAAGCAAUUCAUGUUUGUAAAGGUAAAUAAUGAUUCAGGGGUGGAUCCAGGAUUUUGGAGAAUGAACCUGAAGUCCAAAGGUUAGGGGGAGGUGCUCCUCACGGAAAUUGUUUUCGGGGAGAGAGGGGUGUGGAUCCACCCAUUAUGGGUUGGUUUCUAUGGGACUUACUGCAACUUGUAACUUGUCAGAAAGGUGUUUCAAAAUAUAUCAAGACCUGAUGGUUGAGUACCCUGCA